GCUAUUGGCUGGCCAGUAGGCUGGCUCAAUCAUCACCCGCGGAAGUUUGUAUUGAGAUAAUCUGAGAGCUGUCAGUUAUUUUUUAAAAAUACAUUUUUUUUCGGUACGAAUUUUGUCGUUUUGCGUGUUGCCUCGAGAACGAAGAAGAAAAGACUAAGAGAAAUUUAUUUUAAAGGAUGAAUUUAGCAUCGAGUACACGAAGCCUACACGACGCGCUAGCACCUGACUGCUAAUAGUAUUGUGUAGCUUGUUGUUAUUUUAAUAAUAAAAAAAUUAUCGCUCCUCAAUUUCAUAACCAGCCUAGGAAAGGAUCACAAAACUAUUUAAGCUGCAAUUAAGCAGCUGUCUUACUUUUAUUAUAAGGUUAGUGUCAGCAUUGUUAUGUAUCGUUUUGAUUAGCAUGCUAAUCUAGUUUGCAGCGCGAGCUAGCAUUUAUCAUUCUGGAUUUACAUCAAAUGAACCUCACGCUUCAUACAUCAUAAUUAUAGUGUAAUUUUCUGUCAUCUCCACACGGCAAGGACUGUACCAAAACAGAGGUUCAUCAUGCUGGGAGAUUGUGGCAUGAAAGAGUGGGAGAGACGAGCGCUCAGGAAGAACUCUGUCACAAUUCUGCAGGAUUUAGUGGUGGAUGAUCUGCUGAUCCAGUGUCUGCAACAAGAUGGAAUCCUUACAGAAAACAUGGCUGAAACCAUUAUGGCUAAACCGACAUCCCAGGGAAAGAGUCGUCAUUUGUUGUUUCUUUUGCCUAAACGUGGCCCUCAAGCAUUCAGCAGCUUCUGUGCUGCUCUUACGGCAACAGAGCAACAGCAUCUCUGCAGACUGCUCAUGGACUUUACUGAGAAAGACAAAAGCUUUUCAGAGCCAUCACUGUCCUUUCCAACUCAGGAAUGUGUUAUACCUGCGAAAAGAGCCCGGACUCAUGGGUCCAUGGAGAUGUGUUUGGAUGCCGACUCUCCCGUGACCACAGCUGUUCUUCCCUGCACGCCGGAUUUUUACCAGUCCCAUAGAUCACAGGCUUACCCGAUGCGCUCCUGCCCACGAGGACUGGCCUUGGUACUGAGUAACAUGAGGUUUGACUCGGCUAACAAUGAGUUAGAUGUCCGAAGGGGAGGAGAGGUGGAUGAAGAGACGCUGAGAAGACUUUUCAUGGAACUAGAUUUCACAGUCAGCCUCCACAAAGACCUAACAGCAGAGGCAAUGCGCAGGUGCCUAGAGCAGUUUGCCCAGCAGCGGGAACAUGCACAGUAUGACUGCACUAUUGUGUGUUUGCUGUCACAUGGAGUUGAGGGAUCUGUCUAUGGCACUGAUGGACAGCUGCUGGAGUUGGACUGGGUGUUUGAGGUAUUUGAUAAUGCCCGCUGCCCUCUGCUCCAGAAUAAGCCAAAGAUGUUCUUCAUUCAGGCUUGUCGUGGAGAGGAGAUGGACAAUGGUGUGGACCAGUUGGAUGGUCAGGAACGGACUCAGUCUCCAGGCUGUGAACAGGGGGAUGCUGGCAGAGAGGGGGAAAGAGAUGACAAACAGAGGGAGGAGAAUGACAGGGAGAGACUGAGAGUCAAACUGCCCCAGAGAUCCGACAUGAUCUGUGGCUUUGCCACCCUCAAAGGUUUCAGCACUGCUGCAAUGAGAAACACCAAGAAAGGGUCCUGGUUCAUUCAGGAACUGAACAGCGCAAUCCGACAGAGAGCCAACAACACACACCUGGCAGACAUUCUUGUGCAGGUAAACAGUCGAAUUAAAAGCAGAGAGGGAUAUGCACCCGGUUCAGCCCAUCAUCGCUGUAAAGAGAUGUCAGAGUUCACCAGUUCCCUCUGUAAAGACCUCUACUUCUUCCCCAAGUACUACCCCAACAACUAGACACACACACACGCACUCUCCAGACAUGAAGCACACACAGAACACACUGCCCUCAGAACUGAUUUUGAUGCAGUUGCUGGAGCUCAGUGCAUGUGUGUACAUCCAUCACCUGCUGUACACUCAGCGCUCAGCACAUAACACACAGAGUCAUGUAAAUCUACUUACACCCAUUCCAUGUGUCGUCUGUUUCACAUUCCUCAGCACAAUGACAGGUUCAUUAGGAUGUGUGUGCAUCAUUUACAAAUGAGUGUUUUUUAUUUCUUUUUUGUCUACGAUGCACUUAGAAAAUGUAUUUUUUUUAUGCCUUGCUCUUUUUUUUUAACCCAUGAAAUUACUAAGAGUAAAGAUGCCAUUUGUGAGAAAUAUGUGGGAAAAAAAAUCCAUUUGUUUUCAUGUUUUAUAGGGGGAGAUUGGGGUUAAAAAUAUUUUUUUUAUUCAAAUAUUAUUCUUUUUUUCAUUCAACAGCUGUGUAAAAUUUUACACAGAAAUACCCUUUUUUUUACUGAAGCCAAUAUUUGAUCAGGCUCUUGUUUUAACAGAUUUAUUUUUAUUGUUUUCAAUUUACUUUGUACAGUUUUUUUCUUUCUCAAGUUAACUCAAGUUCUGUAUGUUUUGUAAUUGCAGAGCUUUUUUUAUAGCCAACCUGUAAUCUUGUUGAUACAUUCAGAGCAGCUGCCUGUCACACAUACGGUUGGUUGUAUGGAUAGACAUGCAUAGUAACAUUGUGCCAGUACUAUACCAAACCCCUCCUGCCAUUUCACUCAUUGGAUUCACUCAUACUUUAUCUUUGGUUUCCUCAGUGCAGCUUUUCAUGCAUUCUAUCAACAUCAGUACAACUUUAAAUUAAUGUUUUCUAUAAGUACUGUGGCAUGACAAAUGGUAAUUUUCUUUAGUAACCCUGUGUUCACCAUGGCAGCUUUAUUGGAUUUUAAUAGGGCUUCCUGACUCAAAGUUAAAAAAAAUUCUCUAUUUUGGUUGGCAUAUAAAAGUUAUUUUAAAAAAAAUAUAAAUACUCUUGAUCGUCCUGUAAAUAUUCAUGCAAUUCAAAAACUUCCGGAUUUCAGUUUCAUUCCAAAUGGUGUUUUCAAUGCGGAGUAUUGUUAAAAAAAAUAAAUAUAUAUAUAUAUAUACUCGCGCACACAUCCUCAUAAUGUUUCAUGAUUAUGCCUGUACAUAUGCAUAUUUCUUUUACUCUUGCACUUUUCUUUUCACUUUAAACAUUCUGUGUGCCAACAAAUGCACAUUAUGGAGACUGAAAGGAUGCUGUCUGGAAGAAAAGCCUGCAGGUGGUGGUAGAGAGCCUUUGUGCUUCUUUAGCUCACCUCGUAUCAUUUAGAGAGCGGUUCCAGGGUUUAGACUCAGUCUUCUUGUUCUGCACACACACCAUUAUUCCUCCUGGGAAUCUAGAGCGUAAAUUUGAUUCCAUCUGUGUCUUUGUCUUCCUGAUUCUGUAGUCAUGACCUUAAGGUUAUCACUCAAUGUGAUUCUUUUAUUUUACUGUAUUUUAUUUGUACUGUUUUAGAAGCCAAUGAUGUAGAUGUACACUGUUCAUGCUGAUAUUGCUUUCAAUCAACCUGCUUAUUAUUUUUUAUUUUACCUAAUAAGCUUCUUUGAACUUGAAUAUAGGGAUAGGUUAAUUUUAAGCAAAUUUAAAAUCCUAAAUAUAAAGUGAGGGGCUGGUGCAGAUAAAUAAUUUAUAAAAGAUUACUUUCAUAAUGGGAAAAAGUGCCAUGUUUGUUUAGAAAAAAAAAAGUAUUUAAACAAAUGUCUGGGUAUUUGAUGAAAUAUUAUUUUCAUCAGUCAUAUGAAGUUUUAAAUAAAAAACAAAACUAAAGUAGGAAACAUAAAAAGGUAUAAAACUAAAAGGUAUACACUAAGAAAAUGUAUUAAAUUCAAACCCAAAGUUUUGCCAAACUGUAUAAGUAUUUCUUAAAUCCUGCACUCAUUCCAUUGAGAGAAUGCCAGCGCAUUUACAGUACGUUCCCCAAAACCAGCCUAGCUUUGCUUUAAACAACUCAGGCUAUUUCUCAGGCUGUGUUAAACUGGUUUUGAAUGUGUGUUCAGAAUUGUAAUAGGGGAAGCGUUGUGAUAUUUAGCCCCUUAGGUUCUAGUUGUGGGAACAAAUGUUUAAAAGUUCCCUUAUGAUGGUAUUGAAACCCACAAUGGACAGAGAUGCAUAUUAUAAAAUCCAGUUUAGUUCCUGCCUGAUGAGUGCCUACCUUAAUAUUACAUGGUUUAUUCACUGCCUUUUUCAUCUGUACUAACCAACUAUGAAAGGUGCUUAAAGAAUCUUUAGGGAAACUGCCAUUUUUGUAUUUUUGUAAUGCAAAAGCUUCCAUGUAAUAAAGAAAUACUGUUCCAAA